AUGGCUUGCAUGAAGCUGGGAGCUAAGUCUGAAGCUUUUCAUCGGGAAGGCCAAACUUGGGUUUGCACAACUGGGCUUCCAAGCGAUGUUAUAAUUCAAGUUGGGGAAAUGUCUUUCCACCUCCACAAGUUUCCCUUGCUUUCUAAAAGUGGACUAUUAGAGAGGCUUAUUGAAGAGUGUUCUGGUGAGGAAGGAUCUGCUUGUUCCUUGCAACUUCAUGGCAUUCCCGGGGGCGCUAAAGCAUUUGAGCUUGUGACCAAAUUUUGCUAUGGUGUUAAAUAG